AGUUCUGGAGAGGAUAAACAUACAGUCUCUGAACCUGUUGCCAUAACUCGGAAACGCCCAGAGUCUAAGUCCAGCAGCCUGUCCAUUGAGGAGGAGCUGUUUCACCUGCAGGAUUCUGCUGCCAAAUCCCCUUCAUCCUGGGGAUACUGGGGUAGCUGGGGAAAGUCAUUAAUAUCUACUGCUUCAGCUACUGUGGCGACUGUAGGUCAUGGUAUCAGUACGGCAAUUGAGAAGGCAGAGAGCACUCUGGGAGUUCCCAGUCCUGUAGAGCUGUCAUUUAGAGACCGAGCUGAGGCAGAGGGUUCUGAAUCCAAAGAGGGUGAGACCUCAUCACCAAUUUCAGGGGCUCUUGGCUUUCUCUCCAGCAUCUCCACUGCCGUGCAAAGUACAGGGAAGACUGUCAUCACAGGAGGAUUGGAUGCCUUGGAGUUUAUUGGGAAAAAGACAAUGGAUGUGAUCGCAGAAGGAGAUCCAGGAUUUAAGAAGACCAAAGGGCUUAUGCGCAGGAACACUACCCUGUCACAUGUUUUAAGGGAAGCAAAGGAGAGAGAGGAGCAGCGUGUCAGCAGUGAAGUUACGACAGAGACAGAGCGACGAGCACACUACGGCCUGUUGUUUGAUGAAUACCAGGGCCUGUCCCACCUGGAGGCUUUGGAGCUUUUGUCCAAGGAAAGUGAGGGGAAGGUAAAGUCCAUCCUUGGCUCUCUGUCAGGGGAAGAGCUUGCAAAACUUAAACUGGAGUUAGAAUCCUUAAAGGAAGUUUUCUCAUUGGAAGAAUUUGAUGAUGAAGAUGACCUGGAGAAGGGUAAUGUUUCUGAACUGCGUGUCUCUUGUUCCCUCAUAUUACAUAUACGUGGUGUACAGCAGAUCAGUGGAUACAUGCUGGUGUUAUUGUAUAUUUACAUAAGCGGAGCCAGAGUUGAGGUGUUGAAAUAA